AUGCGCUCGUCAUAUUCGUCGGCGGAACAGUCUCACAGCGAGUCAGACUGGUCUGAGCAGGAUGAAGGCGGCUCUCGCCACUCGGGGAACGGCGUUGGAGUUGUUUCUCCCAAUACCGACCACGACCACGACGACGACGGCAUUGAUAAAACUCUUAGCGAACUAACCCACGCUGGUCGCCAAUGUCCUGUCUCGGGCCUACCCGUGACGUCUACCCGACACGACGCCCAAAACACCACCACAGCGCACCAUCCUGAUGCGAACCAACCUUUCCAUCACGUUCCUCCUACCCACCCCCCUGAUCAAUCACAUCAUUUACAAUCCCCAGAGGACCAUCAUGGAGAUGACGAUGAGGGCAUGAACGAUAUCGACAGUGGCGUGCCCCUUGACCAGACUCCCCAUGAUGCCCACACCGAAGACCAUCCUGGCUCACAUUCUACGGCGGCUGGGAUUGACUACGACUACAACGACAGCAGCGACGGCAGCGACGGCAGCGACGGGGACCUUGACAUUGAGCAGGAUUCAGACUACCAUGGGCCUCUUCCCUCCCAAACUUUCGAUCUAUACCCCAACUUCAACGGCCCUCCCAACUUACCUCUGCAUUUACACGACCUUUACGGAUCUUCGUUGACAAUGGGCACGGAGCUUACGUCCCAGACAUGGCCUGGCGCCAAUGGUCAUGGGAUUUUUCCGGCACCAGAGAUGAACAUGGCUGCGUUUGAUGAUACGAAUGAUGCCCUCCCACCUGUCCAACUAAGCAAUCCCAAUCCAGCAAUUCCUGGAGCCGAAAAUCUCGGUCUCGUUGACUUUCUUCGAAGCUGGGCCUAUCAAGGCAGUUUCGCUGACAGCCCUCGAUCUCGUCCGCCACACCUUGGCGAGGUAAUAAAACAAGCUGGUGCCCGUGUCAAAGAGGUCAGGUAUUCAGAUCUCCGCGGCGACCAUUGUGAUUUUCAGGGCUUAAAUUGGGCCGCGAUGGAAACCACGCGGAGAAAUGCGAGAGAGAGGCGCCUUCGAACCUACAAAAAUUACGUCAACCACCACGGGUCUGAUAUAUUAGCCCCUCACAUGGAUGACGAGGGCAUUCCUUCUUUUGAAAGUUUCUUCCGUCUUAGAAGGAUGAACAUUCGACAAGACGUUCAUCUUGCUCACUUUCAGCUCCGAAAUGUGCUGGCCUGCCCUUCACGGACACACGCCUACUAUCCCAGCCCGACGGGUGUGAAUAGGAUCAAUACGAUUUCUCGAACUACCGACGUCAUGAUGAACACGCGCGACCUUCCAUCCAUGAGUGCCGCGCUUUCCAGCCUGGAUGCGGCUUGCGGGGUUUUGAUGGGAGGCACAUUUGGUGGUGAUUAUUACCUGAAGCCCCUGGACUGCGACGACAAGUCAAGGUUCACCGAAGGUCAGAUCACGUCCGACUUUAGCGGGAUCACGAAUCACGUCAAGAUAUAUCAGCCUCGCCGCUCCUCGGGCCCAGCAGCAGCAAUUGCCAGCAAUGACCGCGGGUUCCGAGUCAUGGACGUUGGGACGGAGCACUUUGUUUCAGAAAAAAUGUACCCUUUCGCUCUCAACUGCUCAGCACUAUCACCAGAUCAUCGCCUUCGUGUACUUGUCGGUGAUAGCUCCAAGGCCCUCAUCACAAACGCAGACACCGGCGAGGUCCUGCAAGAGCUUGCAGGACAUCGCGACUACGGUUUUGCUUGCGAUUGGUCGGAAGAUGGGCGGACGGUAGCAACUGGUUUCCAGGAUCGUGGCGUCAAGAUAUGGGAUGCGCGCAGAUGGUGCAAUUCCAGCGGUAUAAGCACUCCGCUGUACACCAUUCGAUCGGAGAUGGCCAGUGUACGCGGUCUUCGCUUCUCACCCCUUGGAAGUGGCAAGCCAGUGCUGGUGGCAGCUGAGGAAGCAGAUUACAUCAACUUUGUCGACGCGCAAACGUUUGCAUCCAAGCAGACCAUUGACGUCUUUGGCGAGAUUGGGGGCAUUGCAUUUGCAAAUGACGGGCAAGAAGUCAAUGUUCUCUGUUGCGACAAACAUCGCGGUGGUCUGUUGCAGCUGGAGCGAUGUGGACGCCGACCAGAACCGCUUCUUGAGAAUCUGGAACAACACUCGCUGCGCUGCCUACAUCUUGGGGAGGAGGAUGAGCAAAGACCGUUCCAGGACAAAUGGAUUCGCAGUCGCAGAGCGGCGUUUUUCGCCCAAAGCCUUGAGCCGUUCUGA